CACAGAACCCGGAGUCGGAGCUCUCUGCGCUCCUAAACACACUCUGUCUGUGGCCGUAACCCCAUCGUGUCUACUUUUAUUUAAAAUAUACUUUUAGUGUUACAGAUGUGUUUGUUUUUUAAUUAUUAAUAUUAUUAUUGUUAUUAUUUUUAUUAAUAAACUCCAAAGCCGCACUGACUGAGACUUGAAACUCGUCAUAUGGUGAAUUUUUAUUUUAAUAAAAUAAUGAGCUCAACAGCCUGGGAGCAGCAGGGAAGAACUGAUCGAGACGAAGAGAAGAGAAGGAAAACAUUUUGUGACGAGUCCAAGGACAUGAAGGACCCUGAAGACAAAAAAAGAAGCCAGAAGCAAAUGGAAUCCAGUAAAAAGCGAGUGGCUAAGGUGCAAAACGAUGGAACGGUACUGGUGACCAACAUUCGAGUGGCGGCCGAUUUCAGGGAGGCCCAGAGAAGAGCGGAGCAAAAGGAGGCGUCCAGACGCAGGAUAGAGAAGCUGGAGAUGGAAGCAAAGACGAGUCUGGAGAAGUUUGAGGAGAUCUCUAGGAGGUGGACGGCAGCCAGAGAGAAGGACGUUCCCCAGGAGCUGCGGGAGGCGCUGAACCAGCAGCAGCAGCUGUGUGCCGUCCUGCUGGAGGACAAGAACCGGCUCAUCAAGGACCUGCAUCAGCAGCUGAAAGCGAAUGAUGACCGAUAUGUGAAAGACUUAAAGAAACAAGCAGAACAUGUGGAUCUCAUGAUCGAGAGAAUGGAAGAGCAGAUAAAGAACCUGAUGAGGUGCUACAGAGAGGAACUGGACCAGAUCGAGAAAGUGUUCAGUGAGGAACGUAAGGAGCUCCUGAGCAGCAACCGCAGGGUGUGGGAGCAGAUGGCGCACGAGCGGCGGGAUAAGGAGUUAGAUUUCCUGGUGCAGCGGAUGAGGAAGGUGGAGGAGUGUGAGAUUCUGUUGCAGAAGCUAAGGAUGGAGGAUGAGGAGGAGUACAACAUGGUAAAGAUCAAGCUGGACAACGAUGUACAGACCCUAGAGCAACAACUGCAGCAGAUGAAAGCAACGUAUCAGCUAAACCAGGAGAAACUGGAGUACAACUUCCAGGUGCUGAAGAAGCGAGACGAAGAGAACAUCGCAACCAAGUCUCAGCAGAAGCGUAAAAUUACCAGACUACAGGAUGCCAUUAACAAUCUGAAGAUGCGAUGUGCCAAGCAGGAGAAGCAGGCUCGUGAGGAGAACCAGUCGUUGAGCGAUGACUACCAGCGUGUCAUGCAGCAGUACAGGGACGUGCAUCAGAAGAUGAGGCACUUCGUGACAACUGAUGCAAAAAAAUUUGAUGAGAUCUGGCUGAUGAACGAAGCGGAGGUGAAGGAACUGGCGGAGAAGGCCCUGCAGAUCAACCGCCUGGUGCACGAGCAGCAGCUGGCCUUGCCCUGGGUGCGACCAGCACUGCCCUCCAUGGGGCAGGCAGGGCGUCGGGGGGCACCAACGAUGUCCCAGCAAUCCAGGAACUUGAGUUCUCCAGAAAGGAGUGAGGUUCAGACAGCAGCCUACUGGCAGACGAUGGCCAGCAUCAUCCCUGAAUCCAAGCUGAAGGUGUGGGGAGCUCUGGAGAGUGCCCUGGGAAAGUAUUACACCGUUUUGAAUGAAAGAUCUGAGCUCCUCGUGGAGACGCAGAACCUUCAGCAGCAGAACAUGGAGCUGAAGAUGUUGUUGCACCAGUACCUGAGCUCCAAGGUGAAUGCAGAACUCGUGGUCCCCCCUACGCGGCUGAUGCAGCUGAACAAGAAUAACUUCAGCAGCGAAUGAAAGUCCUGAAGAAUAACCACAAGUGGAUACCUACUGAAGGAGAAGCCAUGCUCAAAAUUACUAAAAUAAACUUAAGUGGUGGCUUAAUUAUUUACAGAAAAUAAGCAAAUUAAUAGCAAACAAUAGAAAGUUGUAACUAAGUAGGUACGAAAAUGCACCGAUAAAGUAGGAUGGAUGUUAUGUAGGGCGGCGCAGUGGUACAGCGGGUAGCGCCGGUGCCUCACAUCAUCCCUCUGUCUGUGGGGAGUUUACAUGUUCUCCCUGUGUUCACCUGGGUUUCGUCC